GGGCACAGUACUCACGUGCCACUCACACACCACAACCGCGGUACGAGGACCACAUCCAUCAGGAUACCGCAAGCGGUCUGCCAGUGCAGUGGUGAUCAAGCUAUUCUUGGAAGCUUUAGCAAGCCUGGCCACUGCAGUGGGCUGAGAGAUUUACCUGGGGAUGUGGAGGACGUAAUCCAUACAUCAAUACAUAGAUACAGCACUAUUAUCACUUUUCUAUCUCUCAAUCCCACCUGUGCUUUUUCUCCAUAUCACGCAUAUCUGGUCCACGGAGGACAGACCCUCACUACUACCAUUGGACCCGGUCAUCGCGACACUGGGACCGUUGUUAGUGAUCCAUCGCUGAGAGCAAGUCAACCCCUCUUCAUCCGGACGCUCGGAAGCCGAUGAACAAGUGAACAGUCAACGUGGUUACUAUUCCGCACCUCAACAGCCUCGAUAACCCACUACUAUUACUACUGCUGGAAGUUUUAUUUGGCUUUUCAAAAUCAUGGGCUGCGGAUGUUCCAGCCUCAAGGGCGACGACGUCCCCAAUGUAAACAGCGUCCCAACCACAGUCACCGACCCGGCCAUGGAGCCCGCGAAGCGAAUCAACACCAAUUUUUCCGCCAUCGACUACGACCAACAAGGAGACACCCGCGGGAGACGUAUGACCGAGUACGCUCCUGAAGAGAUCACCCAGGAAAAGCACCACGAUCACCAGCACUCUUCGGAUAAUGAAAACAAAAACAAGCGCCCAGCACCAGACUCGCAAGGCGCGACCGACAGGACCACCACGGCAGCCAACUUGAACGGCAACUUGAAUACUUCAAUUUCAGAUACCAACAACACAUCAGUAGGCGGGUAUCCGCACGAAGCAGCGGACCCGCUGAACAAACAUACUGAACACAACUACAUCCACCAUCAUCAUGACGAAGAACUAAAGCCAUAUCGGACCCUCUCCGGCGGCGACUGGGAUACCGACGAACGGCAACAACAACAUCAUCACCAGGUCAACGGCACGCGACCGGACCCAAACCAAGGUCCAGAUCCCACGUCAUCAUUGUCGAAAGACGAAUUCGCAACUCACAACGACCCCGCGAACCCGGAGAACCAGACUUCCCACGAUUCUCCUUCUUCCCGCUCCAGUUCUAGGAAGAAACACAGCCGCUCAAACGGCGGGGGGGCCAAUGGUGCCGAUGAUAUCGUCGUCGGCGAGCAGCGCAACAAGUCGUCAACCUGGCUAGGCCAGAAAUACGCCGCGUUCCAACAAGCCAAGCGCGGCGAAGGGGUGCAGGUCUCGGACGAGGAAUUGAAGAAAUACACGGGCAAAGACCGUGCCGAGCUCAAGAGGUGGGCGGAUUCGCAGCCUGGUGUGGCGGGGAACCAGGGCGCCGGGACGCCUGGGUCGUAUACGGGGUUGGCGAGCGGUGCGCCGUGGGUUGCUGGGACUGGUUGAUUGCUCUGCAUAGAUCUGAACAGCAUCACAACGACCGAUUAUAAUCAAAUGUCCGCUCUGCUGCAAUGGGGAUCGGAUCGGGAACUGGGGACUUGGACAUCGAUCAGUCUGUAUCCCGUUUCGCGCUGCUCCGGGCACGGGAACUGCCCAAGAGAGGUAGGGAGAGGUAGGGACAUGGAGAGAGAGAAUUUGCGUGUGUGUAUGUGUGUGGACUAUAUACUGACUGACUGGCUAACGACUGGUUGACUAAAUAAUCAACUGUGGGAAUAUGCCUUGGUCGGGCAAUGAGAGACUGACCAGGCUGUCUCUUGACAUCCUUCUUUGUACAUUUAGUGUUGCAUCAUCCGAGUCUCUUUCAGUUCUCUGUGGGAAUCAAUUGAUAUAACGAUAUAAUGAUACAAUGCCACAGUUUCCAACGAUUGUAAUGCG